GAUUAUUUAAUGGACAGGUAUCAAACGACAAUUUCAUUGUGGCAGUAAGGGACAAUAACAUGAGCGGUUUGAAGUGAAGCAACAACCCCGGGACAAGAGGAAACAAGAAACCAGUCGGGUUUUCUUAUGAUUUUGGUGAAUAAAACAUAUUUUGAUCGACUCACAAGAGAGUAACAUCUUCAUACCAGUGCCUUUGAUAUAAAUAUGGGGAAUGUCUGUACAGGCGGAGUCGUCCCGGGAAGUACUAUACGUGGAUCCCACUAUCCUAUACAAGUGGCCAUUCGCGUACAAGGUCCGAAAGAAAAUCAAUUUGCUGUCAGAAAUUCUUUCAAACAUUCCGAAUCACAUGGCGUCCACGAAAUCCGAAAUUAUACCACCAAUCAUUGCUGGCUUCGAUGCUUUGAUGAACAUGUGAUAAAGCUCACUGAUAAAACUGGCAAGGUGACCAAGCUAUUCAAAGUGGACCAAGCGAUUGACGGAUUUACAUUGCAAGGCGAGGAUAUCCUGCUUUGUUUCCUCGAUAAUACUGUUCGAAAGAUACAUAUUCCGAGUGGAAGGGAAACUCACCUAUUUGAUACAGGACCUCUAUGUCCUCUACAAAUAGCUAACAUGCCCAACGGUGAUAUCCUCCUGACAUUGUGUGACAAGGAAACGAUGACUGUAGAAUCACACAGUCAACGAGUGGUGAUACGGUACGAUUUGAACGGCAAUGAAUUAAACAGGGCUCAAAUCACGGCCAAGGGGCACACCAUCUUCGUCGUACCUCGGCGAUGGUCUACGAACAAAUCCGGUUCCACCGUAGCUGUUACCAACAAAACGGCCGAUUUAUCUGCACAUUUGGUGCUCCUUAAUGAACAGUUAGAGCUAACUUUAAGAUACACUGGACACGGAAAAGUACUGUACGGUGAUGUAGCCUUCAGCAAGGCAGACGAGCAGUUCUGUGUCAAUGAUGUGAAGUUUACCUCCACUGGGGAUAUACUGAUAGCCGAGGAAUGGUCCAAAACGGUCCAACUUUUGUCUCCGUUCUGUCUUCCUUUGUGGGUAAUUCUCCAUGGCAACGUAUCCCCUACAUCUGUAUCCAUACAGAACAAUGGUCAUAUAUGGGUUGGCAACAACGACGGAUCUGUGAUGGACGUGUAUUGACGAAGCCAGCUAAAGUGGUUACAAUUUCUGUUAUAUAACUCCAAAGAGCUGAAUGCCUUACGGAGCUCAUGGAAGAUAUUAACCUUUGCUUUUUUAACAAAAUAGCAAUCUAAGCUAUAAGCCGUGGUUCUUGCUUUCAGUACUUAACAUUACUAGAAUUAGACAUAGAUCUACAGGGCAGCUUUCAUCGAUAAAGCACAAGAUGUUUAACUUUUCAGAACAGCUGGCCUUUUUACUGUACCAUUUAAGUGGUCUCCGUGUUAAUCUUUCCAUUGUUUAUAUGUUGCCCUAGAUUCAUUGAUUUUUACUUGGAAUUACGGAUUCGUUUUCACUUACGCAUUUUUAUCCAACCUUACUAACAAAAUCAUCAGUCAUCAUUCCGUAACAAAAAGGAAACUGCGUCGAAUGACCCAGAAACCGACUAUUCUAUAUAGGCGAAAACCCUACAUUAACAGACCGCUUACCUGUAAUACACCCGAUCGAUAAAUGACAUGGACAUAGUUCUACGUACUAAACUAAAUGGUUGUAACCAAUGUGACAAUGAAACUCAACCUUUAUCGUGAACUCAAAACCGUUUACAUAAAUAGAAUGAACUAUUGUCAACUUAUAUUAUAUUAUAUAAAUAUUGUAACCAGCAUAUUCAAGUUAAAAGAACUUCUGACAUCAAACACGCUAAGUGAUCUACUACUGGCUGUUAUCAAUACCAUAAAACAUUUACAAAUAGACACAGUCUGAAUAUGAUAUGCUCACCCCAUAAAUCAGCAUGGGCUUGUAUUGUGCACUUAGUAAUUAAUAGCAAGUAGUUGUAUAAUUAUAUUUUUAACGUAUUAUAAUGUGAAUAUACCAUACAAUAUUGACAAAGCUUAUUCAUAGUAUUCAAUGUACAUCAGCUUAAUAUUUAACUAUCUACGAGUCAUUCUGUGUGGAUUUUGAAUUCUUAGGAAGGAUCUAGUGAAGGAAGAUGGCUAAUAUUCACUCAUUAUCCUGGUAAGGUCAAGAUACAGCACAGUUUGACCUGUAAUAUCUAAUCAGUUUGAGUUAUCUCUCCUAUGCCCUUGACUCGCACAUUGAUUUAUGUUUUAAAUAUAAUUUGUAUCUUUUUUUCAAUCUUUCAUUUCACUAAAAUUUAUAAUAUAUAUAUACUGUUUCAAACAAAUGCGUGCAUGAGAGAGCUGAUUUAGGCAUAGCAUGUUGUUCGAUCCCAUUCCUUUGCCAUCAUGAAUACAAUUUGUUGAAAUGAAGAAAAAAACCAUGGUCGUAGCAAACAAGGCCACUUCAUGGAGAUAACACGUUAAAUAUCUGUAUAUGAAUAUCGCUGGUGUCUAAAUUAUAUAGACUGUUAUCCAUCGGUAAACAGACAUGCGCGUUGUGUCUUUAUAAUAUCUUCUGUAGCUUAAUUGUUUGUAUUGAUCUCCCAUUUCUUGGGACUUUGUUAUUGAUUAAAUUUAAUAUUUUCGGUUUCUUUGAAUUCUAUUAAUAUACCUAGAACGUUUCUUAGAAUACAGAUAGUACGACUGAUACAGGAAGAGAAUUGUUUUUAGAAACUACGCUCACGCGUUUUCGUGACAGUUGUUAAAAGAUAAAGAGAACCAACAUCUUUUGUAUAGCGUCAGUACUUAGUAACCAAAUUUCCAUGACAUGUGAUUGUUACGGGGCAAACAUUUGUUGUCUGCAAUCUCACUAUUAUCAUGUUUAUAUGUAUUACCUUAUCUGCCAUAGUAUUGUUAGAUAAGUUAUUUUUAUGAAUAUAUCAGGGAAACAAUUUGUCUUUAAAAUCGAAAUCAACCGACAAUAACAAUAACAGAAACAAACAUAUACUCAAAAACAAAUUGUUUUAUCUUGGUUUUGAGCGUUCUCAAAUCAGUACAUUUUUCAUUGUAACUUUAUCAUUUAUAUGCAACGUAGGUCAUCCCCAAUGUGUAUUAUGAUUUUAAACAUAUGGU